AUGGGCAACGACGGCGGGAGCAUUCCAACACGACGCGAACUUGUCAAAGAAGCCGCCAAAGCACCCAGCGCCUCGCAGCUUAAAGAGACUCAGAAAGAACAGCUUCAGCAUUCCUGGACUAUUUGUCCGCUAUCGCAUAAGGAGUUACUCCCACCAAUAGUUUCAGAUUCGGCCGGGAAUUUAUACAAUAAAGAUACAGUGUUACGCAUUCUUCUUCCUGGAGAUGAUGUGGACGGAAUAUCCUCCAAGGCAGAUUGUGAAGAAAUCUUAUGCGGAAGAAUUAAGAGCCUUCGAGAUGUUGUCGAGAUAAAAUUUGAAGUUUCUGACUCGGACGAGAAAAAUAAGAAACUCUUCAUCUGUCCAGUCACAAACAAAGAGCUGGGUCCUAACGUGAAGUCCGUCUAUCUCGUGCCCUGUGGUCAUGCUUUUUCUGAAGAAGCGAUCCGUGAAAUGAAAUCAGAUAAGUGUCUGCAGUGUAAUGAAUCUUAUGACCCUGAAAACAUCAUCCCCAUACUACCUAUGAAAGAAUCUGAAAAGGAGCGACUUUAUUCUCGUAUGCAAAAACUAACUGGUCAAAACCUAACCCACUCACUUAAGAAGGCUCCUGGCUCAAAGAAGCGAAAGAAGAAUGGAUCAAACACAGCCCUGGCUGACGGGACACCUCUUGCUGAACCCUCCACUAGGGCGAAGCGUCCUACAGCGAAUGGUGACCCUAUUAGUAGAAAUUCUACGCCUCUAUCUUCCUCCACUGGCGCAAUUAAAAACGCUGCGACUGCAAUGCUGACCACUCGAGUUCUAGAGGAGGAAAAUGCGAGACAGAAGCGGAGGAAGCGCAUUGAAAACAAUGAGACGCUUCAGAGCCUUUUCACUUCUAGCUCAAAGAACCAGGGUGUAAAGGACGGUGAUUUCAUGACCCGUGGCUUUAGCAUUCCAUCCGGCGCCAAACGGUGA